CCCUCACCCGCCAACAUGGUCCCGCCUGCAUUCAGCCCUGCGCAGUCCCGCCCUCACAGCGGGGAAGAUGGCGGCGCCCGAGGCGGCGUGGAACCGGCUGGACGUGCCGUGGCCCGCCAGCAGCGCGACGGUGGCCCUGGCGGCCCAACACCCUGCAGUGAGGUGGCUGCCGGCGCUGCGGCGGCGGAGCGAGAUCGCCGGCAAGCAGCUGUCGGGGAGAGGCCUGGCCGCCGAGGGACGCGUCUUGCGGGCCGUGCUCUACGUGUACCACAGCAGGCUGCUCCGGCACCGGCCCUACCUGGCCCUGCAGCAGAACAGUGCUUGAAGCGCCUAUGGAAAAUGAACUUGGUGGGCUGCAUUGAAACUCUGGCAGGACUGAUUCCCAAGAAAAAUACACCCCAAGCCCAUGCAGAGUGUUUAGUUCCCAGCCAGCCUAUGCUGGAAACCGUGGCUCUGAAGGUGUUGGGAGGUUGCAAGCUCAUACUGCGUCUACUGGACUGUUGCUGUAAAGCUUUUCUCUUGUCCGUUCAACAUCUCUGCUCAGAAGAAUUCAUACUUUUGAACACUGUGGCUUCAGGGUUGUUGAGCCGGCUCUGGAUUCAGUACAGAUAUGUGUUGCAGAGCCUCAUGUCCUUGUAUGGUGUGUUGUCCACAUCGCUUCAUCUGGUGUCUGAGACCCAACAGAUGCCUUAUAUCAAGGGAUUUACCUUCCCUUCUGAUAUCAGUAACUUCCUUGGAGUUAACGUUUCUUCUGAGGUGAAGAAGCAAAAGGCUAAAAUGCUUACAACAAAAAAACCUACUGGCUGGCUGAAGAAGCUCUUCCCAACAAUGCCAGAGGUGGUGUCUGAGGUUGGGACAAAGAGAAAUUUUGCGACCUGCACGAGUGCUGUGAAAAACUGUAGCAUCCCAUGCCCUGCGGAUAUUGGAGAGCCAGUUCUGGUGACCAGAGCCAGCAGAGGGAAGCAACUGGGCUUUGAUGUGAAGAGCCUACUUAGACCAUCCAGACCUCUAACACAAGAGGGUAUAAGCAUUGCAUCAACACCUUUUACAGCAAAAUCAGCAUCACUUUCCUCUCCUAUGCCAAGACUGCAGUAUACUGGAUCUCUUGUGCAGAUGGUCCAGACAGCUACGUCAUUUGGGGAGCUGUCAGAAGCACUCAGAAAAGCAAUUCUGUGGUGCAGAGGCAAUAAAUUCAAGUCAGAAGCUUAUUUUCUGCGUAACAAGUUGCUGAAAAGCAACCGGCUGCACCAUGUGGAGGCUCAAGGUUGCAGCUUGAAGAAAAAACUGUGCUGUGUCAAAACAUCUGUCUGUAAAUACCUCCUGUACGGGUCACAAAAUGCACGCUGGCCAAGGUGGUACCUUGGGGCACGGUUCUGUCAAAGGAGGAUAAAAUCAUGCACUCGCUUGAAGAGAACUCUGAAGACAGUUCGGCAAAAACCUUCUGAGCUUUCUGGGGUCUGUGAAAACAGCUCUUCACUGAUCCUCCCAGCUUGCCAGGAUGGGCCUCUGAGUCGGGAAGGACGCUCCAGUGCUGAUACAGCCACUGCCAAACUAAGUACAGUGGGAACCCCUAAGUGGCUGUUGCUGGAAGGAAACCAUGGCUCUGUGGGGAAAGAAGAUACUGAGAACAUGGAUAUUGAUUCAAUUUUUGCAGCAAUGGGUGUUUGAUCCUGGACUGUAAGGAGGAAAGGGGUCAGGUCAUUCCAAAUUUUCUUUUUUCCUAAAUAAAACCCUCAGAACCCUAA